AUGCAUCGACGGGGCAACCGGCUGCAGCACAAGUCCAUGCUGGUCAGCGUAUCAGAUGGUGAUGUGAUCGAGCCUCAGAAGCGCUGCGAGGAAUGCGAAGAUCGUCCGGCUGCUUUUGCAUGCGACUACUGUUUGGACAACUACUGCGUGCAGUGCUUCUGGAAGUGUCACUUCAAUGGUCACCGACGCCAGCAUACCGCGUCUAAGGUAGCGGUGGUGCCUAUGUGCAACCAGUGCCAGAACGUUCGAGCCACGAUCUUCUCCGAGCAGACUCAGGAGUUAAUGUGCACAGAAUGUUUCACCAUGCUCCACGCCAAGGGCAACCGCAUGCUGCACUUGUUCAUGGAUGCGAUGGAUCUACUUGUACUCUUAGAGCGCCUGGAUCCAGCCUUCCAGGAGCACAUGCGCAGAGCCCGACCGCGUGUCUUGUGGGCACUCAGCCAGUUGCAAGGUUGGGUGAAGGGUAUCGAAGCGCGGCGCAACUUCAAGAAAAGAAAGGAUGUGGUUUUGAUGAUUCAGCGGCGUUGGCGUGGUGUGCUGACGCGGCGGCGCCUACUGGGCAUGCUGCACAUGCACAAAUGGCGAAGGCGCCAGGUGAACAAUUACUUCCUGCCAAAGACGGCCGCAGAGCGUCGCGCAGUGAAGCAGAAGACCACGGCCAUGCUUUCGGCCAAGGAUGUGACCACACGCGCGGCCAACCAGUCGCUGCGGGAGUUGCGGCAAACCAUCCUCUCUACUGCCAAUGCCGAUCCGCUGGAGGAGAAAGUAAGUGUGGUUUGGGUGUUGUCUUGCUGUGUCACCGCGUGGAGCAUUCCAGGACGCGCAGCUCACGCGGGAUCAGAUGGAGGAGCUUCAAGUUUUCAUGACCCGUACUGGGAUAAGGUUGUUGAGGCUCCUGCUACUCCCUGUGAGGCAUUGCCUGGUGCAGAGGUCACCAUGGGCGCCUCGGGCUCUGGCUUCGGUGCCAGUGGCGCCUUGCCUGGGGGUGCCCAGACUAUGCCCUCGGGCAUCUCGCCGUACACCAGCUACGAGCAGAGCUCCCGCUUCAAUGGCGCCCUCACGUCGCCUGCUGGAGCCGCCACCACGCAGGAUCUGUCCAAGAAGGACAUCCGCAAUACGCGAUUUCGGGCAGUUCAGGGUGUGGAGACUGUAGAUCAGAUCGAGAAUAUUUCGUCCGGCUACCGCCAGGUGGCACAGCAUGGCACACGCGAGCAGAUGGUUCAAUUUAUGCAGCGUGUGAUUGUGGACUUCGGGUUGCAGGCCCUCCCACCGGCAGCCCUGGAAGAUCUAGCUCGCCAGCACACCAAGCUUUGCAGCUCCUUCAAGGAGCUUUUGCAGGACCUCAAAGAUGAAGCAGCGCGGACAAUGUCUGGUACAGGGAUGCCCUCUGCGCCUUGUGAUCCCUCUGCGCCGCCUGGCGAGCCUUCUGCUCCUCCGGGGCACUCCGGGCCAGACGCAGACCAAGCAUUGCGUCCUGGAGCUUCGUCUUCUGCAUCCAGUUCAACUCAGAGUGCUCAGGUCAGUUUGAAUGAUCUGAGCUUGGAGGACAUGGAGCCUUCAGGAACACUGCUGCUUGCCUCGCCGGCAUGGUCACCCCUGUCGUUGUUCCGGCAGCGCCAGUUCCAGCUAGUCAUCCGGAACCCGAGAAAUCCAUCAGUUGGCCUUCUAGUUUUCGCCAGUGACGAUCGCUCCGUGCUGACUGCUAUGGUGCAGGCUAUCCUCGCGCAGCUCGGUCCAAGUGUGCAGAGCUUGGCCCAGCCCGGUUCCUAUCAAAACCUUCAGAAUAACCCCGCCUUGCUUCGGCGCCUGGCCAUCAGUCCAUCAGAUGUAGCUACGGAGCUAUGCAUCCCGACUGCGCCCUCGCAGGAGGUGCACCCUGAGGAAGAGCAUGGGGAAUGCCCUAUUUGUUUCGAAGCCAUCCAUCCUGGGGAGGCUGCGAUGCGAUGCGCGGGUCACGGAGGGGUUCAUCACUACUUCCACUCGCAUUGCCUGCAGUCCUGGGUGACAGCUUCCCGACAGGGCCGCCAAGCUACUUGCCCGGUAUGCCGAGGUCAGCUGCAGAUGAACGGACAGCGGCUGCAGCAGUUCCUAAAUGGUGAGGCAUCUGCCUCGUUGUCUGAAGAUGACCGGACGUAUUUGCAGAACAUUUCGGAUGGCCUACGUGGAAAGAACCAAUGGCAGCAGAUGAACACGCUUGAGAAGGCAGCCUAUGCUGGAGGAAUUAUAGCUGCAGCUGGCUGGGGCUUCAUGUUGGGCUACAACGAGCCAGAGCAUCGGGUGACCCGGUACUUGGCGCUUGACAUCCUUCCUUCAGAGCAUCGCGUCGCUCAAGGCAUAGGCUGGUUUGUUGGUGUCAUUGCAUUUUACGUGCGGCAGCAUCUGCGCGAGAAGGAAGAGCGAGAGCGGUGUUCUGAUGGAGAGCAGUGCGCAGCUGUAGCGAAUAUUCUCAAGGAUGGCUAUGUUCCAGCUGUCCAGCCUAGCAUAAGAGACAGCAUGGAAUUGUUGCGCACCCGAGUCUGCGAAUGGCAACCUGUCGGCAUCGACUCAAUUGCAAUCGCACCCUCGGGCGGCUCAUCACCUCGCCUCGCAGCUCGCCUUGCGGCAGAAGGACGGCAGCAGCUGCGGCUGAUAUCCGCCGGGCUUCACAGAGAGGUCACCGAGUGGGACGUGGAAACUCUAGAGCCCAUAGAGACUUGCUCUCCAGGUGGCGGUGCCGUCUGGGGCUUGAAGGUGCAGGGGCAGAGCCUUUUUGCCGCCUGCGAUGAUGGGACUAUACGGAUCCUGUCCUUGACUGGGGGUGCAGGGUCGCUGAUGUAUACCAAGCGAAUAAACGUUUCCAAGACCCGACUUCUCAGUCUCGCCGUGCAGGACACCGCGAUCUUCGCAGGGGCUGACAGCAAGAUCUCUAAAUGGAGCAUCGAAGCUGGAGUCUGCGAAGGCAGUAUGCAGCUAGACCAGAUGCUGGCCAGUGGGGACAGCCUGGGAUUGGUACAGAUCUGGGACACUGCUUCGGUGAACUCAGUGAACGCACAGGAGGAGCAGUCUCCUGAUGUAGAGGAUGUAGAGGAUGGGGAACCGCCGCCCUUACCUUUGCUCAAUCUCAGGGAGGCUUUUGAAAAGCUUCGCAGGAAGGAAAGAAAGACAUACAAAGCUGGACAAAUCAUGAGUAUUCUCCAGGAGGAUGAUGAUAACUGCAAUUACUCGACCAGCGGCUUCGAUUCUUGGGAAAAGAAGUCAUUUACAAUCCUGCUCCCAGUGAAACAACGUGGGCGUCAUAUCGGGUAUAUGCUGGACGUGGGCUUCCAGCGUGAAGCCUACGACCGGGGGAGCACAGACAAGGACGAGACGGUCAGACAUGUGAAGCUCCUUCCAGAUGGCCCAUCUUUGAAGGUUACAAACAAACCCUGCACUUCACUCUUUGCGAUAACGGAUGAGAUGCCUGAGCUCGAUGCAUCGUCCAAGACGGAGCUGGAGCAACUAAUUCAGAAAUGCACGCGAGACGUGUUGGAUUGCAGGCUCUUCGUCUUCAAGCCUCUGGAGUCGGGCCUGAGCCCGAUGAUGCGCCGAGCCUCGGGGCAUCUGCUCGGGCCAGCUCUUGCUUACGAUCUCAUUGGCCGGCAAGUCCGUGGGACCGGUACAGAGUACUUGUGUUCUUCCGCCAUUUCACCAGAUGGCAAGCGGGUAGCGGCAAGCGAUAUGACUGGGACUCGACUUUUUGACCUCAGCGUGAGUGAGCUGCAGGUCCAGCGGGUACCGCUACCGCUCGAAAUCGCCAAUGGCGCAGCGCGCGCUCUGAAGUUCUGCUCGUCGAAGCUGCUUGCGGUAGCGCCCUGGCAUGGCCAUGCCAUCCACCUGCUCGACUGUGAGGAAAAGACUCUCGUAGCAACCUUCGAGGAGCACAAAGCGCCGGUCGCUUUGCUGGCUGCAGGUGGGCCUGGCGGAGAGUGGUUGGCCUCUGCUGAUUUGGGUGGAGCAGUCCACAUCUUCAGCCUGGAUGGCUUGUAUCACCAUGCCUCUGUUCCCAUCGGGCGUGGAGCAGCCACUGCGAUUGGCUUCGACAGUUCCGGUCAGCGUUUGGUUGUUGUUACAACGGCGCACGUGGUGUCUCUUUUCGACGUUGAGUCUCAAAGCAUGGCUACGGAUAUCCCCCCGUUUGAUAUACCGAAGCGGCAUCUGGCUAUCCAUGCUCGCAUCUGUGGAGUUGCUGCUUUCCCAGAAGCACCUGACAGAUUGCUGCUCUGGGGCCACAACUACGUUCUGGCUGUGAAUCUCCGGGAGAAGGCAAACCCCAGCUCCAAACCCAGCUCUGAUGACUCAUACACCUGGCGGCUCUGGGCUGGAAUCCGCCAUGUCCUAGCCUUCUUCGGCCUCCAGAAGCCUUGGACUCUCGCAACAGAUUCAGCUGAAGUUCGGAAGCGCAAACGUGGAGAUGCCGAUGUGGAUGUGGCCCUUUUGCCAACGGGCCUGGCAAUGGAGGUGACGCCCGAGUCCGCUGCGGCUGCUCUUCCGACCCCGUUCGAGCGGAAGAAGUUCCAGAAGCAGGGCCCAAAAUCAAAGAAGACUGCACGAGGAGCAGAAGAGUGA